UGCCUACUCACCAACAAUGAACAGCAGCUCCUCCCUCCUGACCAUAAAAGUCAACGGCAUGCUACCGGCAGCUGAUCAGAGCACUUUCUUCCUUUUCUACUGAUCUCUUCUCUCUGGAUCUUGCAUGCUCAAGGUAAGAAAUCUCUGGCUCUCUCUCUCUCAGUUACUCUCUCAAAUCCUUCAAUGACAUGCCAAGAGUGCCCAAGCAGCCGUCCUCAUCUGCUGUUACGUUUUGAGGUUGUCCCUGCUAUGUAAUGUAAAUCUCAUCAAGUCAAGCUCCAUUACAUGUGAUUACAUUGAUCCAUCCAUAUUGUUUUCUAGCAGGGUGCCAUUGCUUGUGGGAAGGGUAAGCAGGUAGUGGUGAUAAAAAAAAUACCUUUCCUUGCUUAUCAGCAUCUAACAAAAGAAGCUAGACCUAACCUCUAAAAAUCCUAGUGCACUGAUCCACAUCAUUUCAUCAAAGUUCUAAAAUUAUGACUAUAUUGCUAGCACCUACAUGGCUAAUCAUUUACCUUGGGCUACUGAGAUCUAUCCAAGCUGGUGCUUAUUAUGGGAUCAAGCCGAUGCCUCCUCAAGUGCCACAGUACCAACCCCUCGGGCAACAAGUACCUCAUAUGCCAUUGGGUAAAGAUGGAGUGCCAAUGCAGCACAUGGGAAAGGAGGGGCCACACCUAUCAUAUGGAAAAGAAUAUAUACCUCAGUAUAUAAAAGAAAUUCCACAGAUCCCCAUGCUUGGCAAGGAGAGGAUUUCAAAGAAACAGAAAGAAUUGCCAUUAGCCAGUUUGAGAGGUGAACAGGGUCCUCCUGGAGAGCCUGGAGCAAGAGGGCCUCCAGGAUCUCCAGGGUUGCCAGGACAUGGAGUACCAGGAGCUAAAGGAAAACCAGGACCCCAAGGAUACCCAGGAAUUGGAAAACCAGGCAUGCCUGGAAUGCCAGGAAAACCAGGAGCAAUGGGGUCUCCAGGAUCAAGAGGUGAAAUGGGGCCAAAGGGGGAGAGUGGAUCUAUGGGAAUUCCAGGACCCCAAGGACCACCAGGACCUCAAGGACUGCCUGGAAUAGGAAAACCAGGCGACAGAGGAUUACCAGGACAACCAGGAACAAAGGGCGAGCCAGGAAUGAAAGGGCAACCUGGGAUACAAGGCGCCCAAGGCCCAAAAGGAGAUAAAGGUGUGGGGAUUCCAGGGUUACCAGGGCUAAAAGGGCCACCUGGUUUACCAGGUCCUCCCGGUCCUGUUGGACUUCCUGGAAUAGGCAAACCAGGAAUGAUAGGGUUUCCAGGCCCUCAGGGAGCUGGAGGCAAGCCAGGAAUUCCAGGGGAACGAGGGCCACAGGGCUUAGCUGGGAUUCCUGGAAUUCAAGGUCCUCCUGGUCUUCCAGGUAUAGGGAAGCCAGGACAAGAUGGAAUCCCAGGACAGUCAGGUAUGCCAGGUGGGAAGGGGGAACAAGGCCUGCCAGGUUUACCAGGACCACCUGGUGCUCCUGGGAUUGGAAAAUCAGGUUUCCCUGGUCUUAAAGGUGAUCGAGGCAUGGGUGGUGCUCCAGGCCCACUGGGACCUAAGGGUGAAAAAGGUCACGUGGGACCACCUGGCAUGGCUGGGCCUCCAGGGGAACCAGGCCAACCAGGCCAGCCUGGAUUAAUGGGGCCCUCAGGUGUGAUGGGAUUCCCAGGUCCAAAAGGAGAAUUUGGAGCUGUUGGGCCUCCAGGACCUAUUGGUCCCAAAGGUGAGCUUGGUUUGCAAGGUUUCCCAGGUAAACCUGGUUUUCCAGGAGAGGUGGGCCCACCAGGUCUGAGAGGCUUGCCUGGUCCAAUUGGACCAAAAGGAGAAGCUGGUCACAAAGGUUUGCCAGGUUUGCCUGGUGCUCAUGGGCUGAUGGGCCCCAAGGGAGAACCUGGAAAGCCAGGAACUCAAGGCCAUCAAGGCCCUACUGGAAUCCCAGGUAUUGCAGGACCAAGUGGUCCAAUUGGACCUCCUGGACUACCUGGAAGUAAAGGUGAACGGGGUUUGCCAGGCCCACCAGGUUUUCCAGGAAUGGGGAAACCUGGUGUUUCAGGGAUGCCUGGACCACCAGGGAAACCUGGAUCACUUGGUGCUCCUGGCCAGCCAGGUCUCCAAGGCCCUCCUGGUCCCCCUGGCCCUCCUGGCCCUCCAGUAAUAAUGCAACCUACGCCGCCAGAAAUAGGACAGUAUUUGCCAGAGGUAGGACCAGGCCUUGAUGGAAUAAAGACUCCAUAUGGUUAUAAGGGGAAGAAAAGCAAAAACAGUGCCGCUGCUGCCGCCGCCGCCGCCGCUGCCUAUGAGAUGCCGGCUUUCACGGCUGAGCUCACCACUCCUUUUCCACAGGUCAGGGUUCCUGUGAUGUUUGACAAGCUCCUUUAUAAUGGCAGGCAGAAUUAUAAUCCACAGACUGGUGUCUUUACCUGUGAAAUCCCUGGGAUCUACUACUUCGCUUACCACAUACACUGCAAAGGGGGAAAUGUCUGGGUGGCAUUAUUUAAAAACAAUGAGCCGUUGAUGUACACGUAUGAUGAAUACAAGAAAGGUUUCCUGGACCAAGCUUCUGGAAGUGCCGUUGUUCAGCUGAUGCACGGCGACAGAGUUUAUAUCCAGAUGCCAUCUGAACAGGCGGCGGGACUUUAUGCCGGGCAAUAUGUUCACUCAUCUUUUUCUGGAUAUUUAUUGUAUCCAAUGUAAACUGCACACUCAGAUCAAAUGAGAGCUCUUUUUUCUGUGUUUCCAAAUUUAUACCAUUGAAAGGUGCAUUUAUUGAUCAUUUCUGGACCAACAUGUACAAUAUUAAAAUAAAAUUACAAAUUUAAACAGUCUAUGUACAGCUUGUUAUAAAGAAAAACUAUCAAUAAGUCCAGAAUUAAUUGGCUUGCUGCUGUACAAUGAAUCUUUUCAACAUUUGUCUGCUUUUUUUGCAUUAAAAAUAAUGUCAUGUCAGGGUUUCCAUAAAGUGCUUACUGAUCACUUGCUUCUAAGGUGAAACUUUCAAGUGGAAGGUGAUAGACAAAGAUACAAACAUUUAUUCUAUAAUACUAUAAAGAUUUCUUUAUAACAAAAACUGCAAUGACUUCAAGAAGGCUCUGUAAUCAUGUACCAACUUCUCUUUGCCAAAGUUUCUAUUUUUAUGUGAAGAUUUUAAUCUGGUCAUAUUGACAAAAAUAGUAAAAAAGGACAAAUCUCAGUGUUAGAAAGCAAUUUAAUUAUUAGCAAAUUGACUGAAAUCCAAGGCUUUGAUUUCUUUUCCCCAGCAAGCAAUAGGCCGUAUUCAUAUUGCAAGUAAAUGUUUAUAUUUCUAGAUUGGUUUGUGGAAUAGUUUAAAUCAAUGACUUAGAGGUAAAAUGGUAUUUACAAACCAAGUAAUGUUAGUGCAGCACAGAUUAACAGUUGCAUAUUGAUUUAUGAUUCACAGAAAAUAAAUACAGAAAAUGCCAAUGUGUAUCUGAAAUCAGGCAAGGCUGAAUUAUAUGAUACACAAGUAGUGAAUGGGUGAUCCUUUUUCAUUUGGAAAUCAUUGUUGCAAGUUUUUAUCAAGAAAUGAUAAGACUGAAUGUUUGAUAUGCUCAAAAUGGAAGUUUAUUCGUUGUUCAUUUUCCUAGAUCUUUUAACAAAUACUGGAAAAGGUGACUAGCAAUGACUGAGAAUAGCACAGUCCUUUAGUUUUGCACAUUGUGUGAUGUAUCCAGUAUGAGUGGCAUAAAGGCAAUGGGAUAUAAUAGAGUAACUAUCUUCAGUUCAACUAUCCUAUGGAUUAUUCCUAAAUGCCUAUUUUGGCUUUUAAAUACAUGGAGGUUAGAAAGUCAUAUAUUUGUGGGAGUAGCAAAAUACUGUGGCUAUUAUUAUUUCAUCCUGAAUAAAGUCUAUCUAUCUGGUU